UCACGCUCUCCCUCACACACACACUCUCGGCUUGCAGAGAGUGAGAGGAUAAAUGCACAGACAGGAAGGACUGACCCAAGAGCGUUAGAGAGAGAGAGAGCAAGAGAGAGAGAGAGAACAAGAGAGCAAGGGAGAGAGGGACUACUCAGUCAUUACGCUUCCAGGGAUAGCAGAGAGAGAGAGACUACAGAGCCAUACUACUACAAUAUCUGUGUCCUGUAAUUUUGGAACUUUUUCACUUUAAUUUGUUAACUUUUUUUCACAACCUUAUUUUUUUAAUAUAGCAAUAUACAUUUUUCAUUCUGAAGCAGAGGACCUGGCUGUUACUUCUUCUUGUGUUCUCUGGGAUAUUUCUAAUGGUACUCUGCCCUCUGGUCUCCAGUGAUCAGCACACUGUGGACCAGGGACCUCUCUGCCCCUGACAAGGCAUCGUGGAGAGGCUGCUUGGCUGCUUGUCGUCAGGGCUGGGUUGUUGCUGCUUCUCCUUUGCAGGGAAUGCAAAGGGACGCUCCUGAAAAGCCUACGGGGGAAUCAAGGUGAAGGAAGGGGAGGGAAGGAAGGAGCUGUGGCCCCACAGAACUGAGAGAACUGCCCCCCCUCCCCAACCCCAAGGCGCCCCAUCCCACUGCAGCAUGGAUCUCCCCCCAUUCAGAGGUCUUUCUGAUGUGCCGUGAGAGGUGCGAGCCCCCCACCCCAGUCCCGACCCCCUCCCUGGUGCUCCUUCUCCCAGGACCAGGAUGGACCUUCUCCCGGGUCAUGGCCCUCCACCAGUCAGGAUGGACGUUGAUGGGCUGGACCUCCAGCAGGUGUCUGUCCUCUCCCUGGACCAGAUCCGCGCCAUCCGCGCCAACAACGACUACGUGGAGCGCCCUGUGACCCUGGAUCAUGCCUCCCAGUCCGGCUUCUUCUACGCCCACGAUGACCGCUACCCCAUCACCCACGGAUACCCUCCUCAAGGUUACUCUCAUGGUUACCCUCAGGGGUACCCUCUCCCCCGGAGCCAGAGCCAGCAGCAACACGCCCACCUCACCCAUCUGAGUCGCUCCAGUACUACCAGUUCAGCCAUGUCCCGGAUCAGCGCUGCCUCCGACCAGAGACUCCUGGUGGGCCUGACGCCCUCCCACUCUGGCCUGGCCUCGGUGGUGCGCUCCCAGCCUAAAGGAGAACUCAAGCCUGAGGCUUCUCUGGGUAAAGCCCUGGUGGAGGGAGAGGACCUGGGCUUGCACCUGUUUAUCUGUGAGCUCUGUGGGAGGUGUAAGUGUCAGGAGUGCUGUGCUCCGCGAAGCCUGCCGUCCUGCUGGGCCUGUGGGCAGCGCUGCCUUUGCUCUGCUGAGAGUGCUGUGGAGUAUGGCACCUGUCUGUGCUGCGUUAAGGGCCUGUUCUACCACUGCUCCACUCAGGAUGACGAGGACAACUGUGCUGACCGGCCCUGCGCCUGCACAUCCACCUACGCCUGCACCCGCUGGGGCACCAUGGGCCUUCUGGCGCUGUGCCUGCCCUGUCUCUGCUGCUACCCACCUGCCAGGCUGUGCCUCGCCCUGUGCCAGCGGGCCCACGACCGAGCCACCCGCCCCGGCUGCCGCUGCAGCAACACCAACACCGUGUGCCGUAAGAUCUCCACCUCCAACCCCAACCCUGGGCACACCCCCUUCUGCAGCAAGUCCCUGGAAAAGCCUGUAUGACAGGGCUGCAGCGGGAGUCAGCCAUCGCCUAGACAACGCAGUCUCAGUGACAACAUUACCAUGACAACAAACACUGUUGCCAUGACAACGCCAUCACCCCCUCCAUCCGUGACCUACCUGCCGUGACCUUUCACCUUACGUACCUUCCAUACUUCUCCUCCUGCCUGAGGAGAAAUGACCAAAAGCUUUACUGUAACUGUACUUUACUGUACAUGUGGAGACUUGAGCCGAAACCUGAAAACCGCCUGGUGCUUUUUGCUGAACUGACUGCCAAUCUUAACCUUACUGUGUUACUGUGUGGGCAUACUGCCUCUACCGUCCUCUUACUUUGUGGGCCAGCAUCGCGUACAUACUGUGGCUCUGCUCGUUGGGAUGGACUGGGGAUCCUCACUGUGCUGUGUGAUGGACUGGGGUUCCUCACUGUGCUAUGUGAUGGACUGGGGUUCCUCACUGUGCUGUGUGAUGGACUGGGGUUCCUCACUGUGCUGUGUGAUGGACUGGGGUUCCUCACUGUGCUAUGUGAUGGACUGGGGUUCCUCACUGUGCUGUGUGAUGGACUGGGGUUCCUCACUGUGCUGUGUGAUGGACUGGGGUUCCUCACUGUGCUGUGUGAUGGACUGGGGUUCCUCACUGUGCUGUGUGAUGGACUGGGGUUCCUCACUGUGCUGUGUGAUGGACUGGGUUUCCUCACUGUGCUAUGUGAUGGACUGGGGUUCAUCACUGUGCUGUGUGAUGGACUGAGGUUCCUUUCUGUGCUGUGUGAUGGACUGGGGUUCCUCACUGUGCUGUGUGAUGGACUGGGGUUCCUCACUGUGCUGUGUGAUGGACUGGGGUUCCUCACUGUGCUGUGUGAUGGACUGGGGUUCCUCACUGUGCUGUGUGAUGGACUGGGGUUCCUCACUGUGCUGUGUGAUGGACUGGGGUUCCUCACUGUGCUGUGUGAUGGACUGGGUUUCCUCACUGUGCUAUGUGAUGGACUGGGGUUCAUCACUGUGCUGUGUGAUGGACUGAGGUUCCUUUCUGUGCUGUGUGAUGGACUGGGGAUCCUCACUGUGCUGUGUGAUGGACUGGGGUUCCUCACUGUGCUGUGUGAUGGACUGGGUUUCCUCACUGUGCUAUGUGAUGGACUGGGGUUCCUCACUGUGCUGUGUGAUGGACUGGGGUUCCUCACUGUGCUGUGUGAUGGACUGGGGUUCCUCACUGUGCUGUGUGGUGGACUGGGGUUCCUCACUGUGCUGUGUGAUGGACUGGGGUUCCUCACUGUGCUGUGUGAUGGACUGGGGUUCCUCACUGUGCUGUGUGAUGGACUGGGGUUCCUCACUGUGCUGUGUGAUGGACUGGGGUUCCUCACUGUGCUGUGUGAUGGACUGGGGUUUGCUCUGUUAGACUUGACCUAUUUAUUAUUUAUUGGACUUCCUCCUUAGUGAGGGAGAGAGAGAGACAGAGAGAGCGGACCAUGUGUGACUCUGAGUACAGUGAGUAAGCUACUAGAACAAAUCCCAACACAGCCAUUAAUAAAAGGAGUCUCUGGCAAAUGUAUAUUCUAGGCAUGAGAUAGACAGAGACUGGGUGGUCUACAGGGAGUCUACAGGGUGUGCCUCCUUCCAUCCCCUCCCUCCCUCCCUGUCGCUCUGAAGUGGCAUCCUGGAGCCGACCAACUGAAUGGACAUACAAGAUGUGUCAUUGAGCAGCCAUGGCUGACAUUUUGUGUGAGGCUGAUGUAAAGACCCUUUCCUAAUGGUGGAACAAAACUCUGAAAUUGAAAAAUGUAUUACUGUUUGACACACCAAAAACGGACCAUGAUGCACCAGGUGAAUCUAAAGUGAUUAAGCACAUUUGAUAUGGAAGGCACUAUGAGAUAUAGCGGUGGAUUGUCUGUAGUGUUCCCCAGCUGUCUGUCAGAUGAACAGGGGAGGGGGCUCUGUUAUGACCAGGUAGUGUGUGUAGGACGUGUGUCUGUGUAUACGUGUGUGUGUGUGCAUGCACGCGCAUGUUUGUGUAUGUACACUGAUGGUUACGUGUAAGUGUGUAUGUGGGUCCGUGUAUGUUGGUGUGUGUUCUUGCCUGUGUAUGUACAGUAUAUACAGUAUGUAUGUGUGUGUGUGUGCACAUGUCCCCUUCCUGUUUGCUGUCAGCAGAAGCCUCCUGUUUUAUUUUUAGCACAGCUGCUUCAGAGGACCCAGAGUCUGGUCAGGUUUCUUCUCCACGCCAGCCUUCCCCGACCCCUCACCGCCUUCAUCUCCCCCACCUCACCCCUCCUUACCCACUGCCUCUAGUCUACCCAUCCCCCAGCCUCCCUCAGUAACCUCCCCAAGCCUCCCCUGACCCAUUCUUUCCUCCCCCUCCUCUAUUCCCCCCUCCAUCUGGACUGCUGCUGUCCACGUGCAGAGGGACCAAAGAGACAGAGCUUCUCCACAGUCGAAAAUACAGAGGGACUUCACAGGAGUGAUGACAGGAAGCCAGAUAAGAAAUAUCACUUUCUUUACAGAUCCGUCCUCCAUCCUUACCACUUCGUCCACAACACGAGGCAUUAUGCAACCACAGACAGUAUAUACCUUGACAGGGCUUUUCUCUUCUUGACAGAUUCCUCUGGCCUGUUUGAUAAACCCCAGGCAGGCCCACCCACCGACCCCAUGUCACAUACCCACCCACUUAAUGAACUAACAGGUUCCAGUCCUCCUCCUCUGAGUUGAUCAGGAGGCAAUUAGCUUCUUAUGGGGAAAGAGGGAGGGAUGGAGGGAGGUGUAUGUGGAAGGUGAAACGGAGGAAAAGAGAGAGUGCGAGAGAUCUGUGGAAGUGGAGGAAGGAGAAAAGGAGGGGACAGAGGAGAUUGGGGACAAGGGGCUGGAGGUUAGGAAGACUGAUGUUAACCUGUGGGAGUGAGGUCAUAACAAAGCAACAUGGGGAGGUGAAGAACAGGUGGAGAGGGAUGGAGGGAUAAAGGGAUAGGGAGGGACUGAGUCUGGGAGGUCUGGUUGUCUUAUGCACUGAUAUCCAAAACCGGGAUGUGAAAAGUAACACGCCAUGUCAAGCAUGUCUGUGUGUGUGUGUGUGUGUGUGUGUGUGUGUGUGUGUGUGUGUGUGUGUGUGUGUGUGUGUGUGUGUGUGUGUGUGUGUGUGUGUGUGUGUGUGUGUGCUUUACUGUAUGUAAUGUGUGUCUGUGCGUUUAUUCACCUACACACAUACACACUCAUCCGAGUUGUUUGCUAUAUUUUUGUAUGUACAUACUGACUGUUAUCCUAUAUCCUAUGUGUGUAUGUGGAUUCCUCGUUUUGUUCCCUUUUAUUAUGAUCACUGUUUCUAUCAUUAUUUUCUAUUAUAUUGAACAUUUACUUUGAGUCACAGACUUGGUCAAUACUUCUAACCGUUUCAGAGGUUUUUCACUGUGGAGGAGAAGCUCACUGACCAUCGGCCAAACCUGUUAUUUGUACCUCCACUUCACUAUCUCCUCUGUGAUUCAUUUCACACGCACACGGUCAGACACACACAAAUACACACUCACGCACACACUUCACGGCCACUGUGCAAGGCCCAGGUCAAUGGUCUCUCCUCCACAGUCCAGCCCGUGUGGAGCUCUCCCAGGUGGUCAGAUGUUGAGUGGAAGGGCUCAGUGUGUAGGUACUGUACUGUACAGUACAUGCAUUUCUAGAGAAUAACAACUAACCCUCCAGGGUGCUGUAUGCUGGCUACAGGUUAACCACUAAACUUCCCCAUGUUGUAUUAGUAAGUAUUGCUUUGGUACAAUUGGCAUCUUGUAUGUUGUAAAAGAAUUUAAGGAGAAUAUAUGGACACAUAGAAAUUUAUCAAAAUGAAUAUAUUAUAUAUAUAUUAAAUAUACAUUUCACACAUAUUUCUUUUCCGUUGCUGAUAUUACAGAUGCGUCACAGAUAUUUAUUUAACGGUUGCGAUGAGAGAAAAGUAUUUAUUUAACGGUGGAUGUGGCGAGGAUGAUGAUGACUGUUGUUGGCUUUUUGGUUUGGUUUCUCUUGGAGGGGUGUGGCGGCUGCAGCCCUCAUGGCUAAAGACAACCAAUAAAAGGUGUUUCCAAACGG